GGGGGCGCAGCGCACAGCAAACAGGGGCGCAGGCCAAAACGAAAAAAACCUUUCUUUAUUCCUUUGAUUCUUCUUCUCCUCCUCCCCGAACUCCCUCUCAGUCUCCUGAGGGUUCCGCCAAGCUCCUCUGCCGCCUUCCAUUCAGACAGCCGAGUUGCUGUCUGCGACAUCCUCCACUGCAGCAACCAGAAACCCUGCGAAAUCCCCUGUGCCAAUCCACGGACCUGAGAAUCACCGAGGUUCUCAGCCGGACCUGCUGCCAGCACCAGCUACUCCAAACAGUCAAGGAUCUCCGGUCACCCCCAGCCAUCAUCCCGGCGAGACCCCACAGUGCCCUCACGCCCAGCGCCGGCAACCACCGUUCGCACCAGUCACAGACAGCCGUCCUGCAACCCAGCGUCUCAGCCCUCCUCUGCUCUCCUCGUCACCGGAAAAGCUUGCAGCUCUACGCACCAGUCGUAUGUUUCCUAAUCAAAGAGGUCGUUUGAGUAACAUAAAGUAAUAAUUGAGACCACCACGCAUCAGUACAACACCAGGCGAAGAGUAAGAGAAUUGAGUGAACAAUUGGAAAACAGGGUCCUGGUUUUGGAACAAGGACAAGAAGGGAUAAAUGAUAAGGUAAGUAAGUUCCUGGAGUUACUGAUGAACAAAGGAAAGGCGGUGCAGGUUGAUCCCGAAGCAGAUGUGGAUCCCACUCAUCCCCCAGGGUUCACCCUAGAUCAUGGACAAACAUCAGUUCCAUCACCUGGUGUCAUGCGGGGUCCACUGCCAAAUAUGCCUCCUUUUAUCCCUGCUGUGCCAGUACAGGGGUUCCCAGUGGCAGGAACUCCUCCAUUAGUACCUUUUGAUAUGGGGAUAAACAAAUCUGAGACCGAGUGUCGUUGUGACAUAUUGGAAAAGCGCUUGAAAGCAAUGGAAGGAUCUAACACUUUCGAUUCUGUUAAUCCAAAUGACCUUUGUUUGGUGCCAAAAGUCACCCUGCCGCCAAAGUUCAAAAUGCCAGACUUUGAAAAGUUCAAUGGAAUCCGGUGCCCUCGAACGCAUUUAGUGAUGUACUGCCAAGCAAUGACCGCUUACUCAGAUGAUGAAAAACUAAUGAUGCAUUGUUUUCAAAGCAAUUUGACUGGGUCCGUUAUCCGUUGGUACAUUCAGCAAGAUAAGGCCCGGGUCUGCACUUGGAAGGACUUGGCCAAUGCCUUUGUCACUCACUAUCGCCAUGUGACGAAAAUGGCGCCUGAUCGAAUGACUCUACAAGAAAUGGAGAAGAAAUCCACCGAAACAUUUAGAGAAUAUGCUUAUAGGUGGAGAGAUAUGUCGAUCUAGGUGGACCCCCCGAUUUAACCUUGCAGAAAACCGAAGAAUUCCGGUUUUGAUUUUUUCAGACCUGAAGCGACCGCCGGCAGACAACUUCCGGAGAACGGCGCCCUUGCGGCCCUUCUUUCACUAGGAAAUAGCUGAAGGUGCCGAAAGAGCUUAGUUCUUCUUCUGACGAAACUGGGAAGCAGCAACGUUCUUCAGUCUCACUUAUUUCGAGCAAUUGUUUGGCUUUUCAGGACCUUUUGCUGCCGCAUGGUUCUCUUCUGUUAAUUGGUGUUUGUAGCAAAAGUCAUGGAUGACGGAAACAAACUUGAUGGAUGGCAGAGCUCAACGUCAGCAGUGGAUGUUGCUGAUGCUACAGUGGAUAAUGUGAAGGAGAGGUGUUGGGAUCAGAGGGAAGCUCUUCCGGGGGAGCCUCGAUGUGUUAUAUGUGGCCGCUAUGGUGAAUAUAUAUGUCACGAGACAGAUGAUGAUAUUUGCAGCUUGGAAUGUAAGCAGGCAGCUUUACACAGGACUGCCAACUCCCUGUUGCCAGCUGGUUGUUUGGCUGUUGCAAGACUACCGACAACUGAUGAGUGCUUUUAUGUUAGGGAUAUUCAUGAUAAAUCCGAACCUGGAGGUUUGAGUAGUUAUCAGACUGAAUUUCUCAGAAGGAAGUUUGAAAUCUGUGUGAAAGGAGACUUUGUUCCAGACCCUGUAAUGUCAUUCUCUUCUUGCAAUCUGCCUCCGAAACUUCUGCAAAAUAUGGAUGCAGCUGGAUAUGGAAUGCCUACACCUGUCCAAAUGCAAGCAAUACCUGCUGCUUUGAUUGGAAAAAGUCUGCUUGUUUCUGCUGGCACGGGCUCAGGGAAAACGGGUUCCUUUCUGAUACCUGUAGUUUCUUUCUGUGUGAAAUUUCGUCCUGAGCGCACUUCAAACCAGAAGAAGCCGCUAGCAAUGGUUCUGACGCCAACUAGAGAGCUCUGUAUGCAGGUGGAAGAACAAGCGAAGUUGCUUGGAAAAGGAUUGCCCUUUAAAACUGCCCUUGUGGUUGGUGGUGACGCAAUGGCCAAACAAUUCCACCGCAUUGAGCAAGGGGUGGAACUUAUUGUAGGAACUCCGGGCAGGCUUAUAGAUCUUUUAACAAAGCAUAACAUUGAAUUAGAUGAUGUUUCAAUUCUUGUUCUUGACGAGGUAGACUGCAUGCUUCAGAGGGGUUUCCGUGAUCAAGUAAUGCAGAUUUUCAGAGCUCUUUCACAACCGCAGGUUUUGAUGUGUUCCGCAACUUUAUCACAAGAGGUUGAUAAGAUGGCAAAUUCAUUGGCAAAAGAUUUAGUUUUUGUUUCCGUGGGAAAGCCAAACAAACCAAGUAUGGCUGUUAAGCAAAUAGCUAUUUGGGUUGAGUCAAAGCAAAAAAAGAAAAAGCUUUUUGACAUAUUAAUGAGCAAGUGGCAUUUCACACCACCAGUUGUUGUGUUUGUGGGGUCGAGACUUGGAGCAGAUCUCCUUGCUGAAGCAAUAUCCUUCACCACUGGGAUGAAAGCCUUAUCAAUUCAUGGGGAAAAGCCCAUGCAGGAGAGGAGAGAAAUAAUGAGGUCAUUUUUGGCCGGGGACGUACCUGUGAUUGUGGCCACUGGGGUUUUGGGUCGGGGAGUUGAUCUUUUGUUUGUAAGACAGGUUAUAGUGUUUGACAUGCCAAACUCCAUCAAAGAGUAUGUCCAUCAGAUUGGAAGGGCAUCCAGAUUGGGAGAGGAGGGUAGGGCAAUUUUGUUUGUGAAUGAUGAGAAUAAAACUAUUUUUCCAGAGUUGGUUGAACUAUUGAAGUCUUCUGGAGCUGCUAUUCCUCAGGAGCUUAAUUCACGGUGCACAACCAUAGGCAAGGGACAGAAGAAAAGGAAGCUUGGUUGCUGAAAAUUUUGAAUUUUUUCUUUGAGCUUGCCUAUUUAUAGUUCAGCUUAUUACAAUUAUUUUAGAUCCUAUUAGAACAUGAAUGAGAGAAACUUGGGAAAAGAAUAUAUUCCACAGGCACAUUCUAUUGAUUGUGGCACAUGUAUUAUUUUA